CUCUGAUGGAGCGGCCGUGACGAGGUGCUGACGUGGCUCUCAUCAGCAGCACACUGUGGAAACCCGUGGGAGACAGAGAGAGCACGGAGUGAAGAUCUGUCCAGCGGCACUGCAGUCACUCUCACUAGCGGAAUAGCGGAAUAGCGUUCAUUUAGAGGCUCAAUGAUGGAGGUUCCACGCGUGGGACACAGUGUCAGCAGCCCCACGAGCCCGUGCGAGGACAUGAUGAAGAAUCUCAGUCUGGACGCCAUCCAGCUUUGUGAGAGAGAAGGAAAUAAGUCCCUGGACAGCGGCAUUGCAGAGAUGGAGGAACUUCCUGUUCCCCAGAACAUCAAAAUCAGCAACAUCACAUGCGACUCCUUUAAGAUCUGCUGGGACAUGGACUCCAGGUCAAAGGAACGCAUCACACACUACUUCAUCGACCUCAACAAGAAAGAAAACAAGAAUGCCAACAAGUUCAAACACAAGGACGUCCCCACUAAACUGGUAGCAAAAGCAGUCCCUUUGCCCAUGACAGUGCGAGGCCACUGGUUCCUGAGUCCACGCACCGAAUACACUGUUGCCGUUCAGACCGCGUCCAAACAGGGUGAUGGCGACUACGCCGUGUCGGAAUGGAGCGAGAUCAUUGAAUUCUGUACAGGCGAUUAUUCCACUGUUCAUCUCACACAGUUGCUGGAGAAAGCAGAGGUCAUCGCUGGCAGAAUGCUGCGGUUCUCAGUCUUUUAUCGAAACCAACACAAAGAAUACUUUGACCAUGCAAGGGAAGCCCAAAACAACAAGAUGCUGCUGUCAGUGAAGGACAACAGCGGCAGCCACGGUUCGCCCAUCAGCGGGAAGCUCGAGGGCAUCUUCUUCAGCAGCAACACCGAGUUCAACACGGGCAAACCCCCACAGGACUCACCGUACGGCCGUUACCGCUUCCAGCUGCCAGCCGAGGAGCUCUUCAGUCCCAAGACAAACCUGUAUUUCGCCGACUUCUACUGCAUGUACACGGCCUAUCACUACGUCAUUCUGGUGAUCGCACCGAAGGGCUCGUCUGGAGAUGAGUUCUGCAAGCAGCGCCUACCAGCGCUGGAUAUCGCCAACAACCGCUUUAUGACGUGCUCGGAGGAUGAAGACGGCCGGCUGGUGUUCCACCAUGCACAGGACCUUAUCCUGGAGGUCAUCUACACCGACCCCGUGGAUCUGAGCCUGGGCACGGUAGCUGAGAUCAGCGGCCACCAGCUCAUGAGCCAGUCCACAGUCAACGCCAAGAAGGAUCCCAGCUGCAAGACCUGCAACAUCAGCGUGGGACGCUAACCUACGAAUCGGAACCCUUCUGCUGCCUUGAACAGCACAGAAAAUCGCCUUCUCCUUUAGCCGUCCUCCUUACCCAUUAUCGAACUUAUCCAUAAUUCCUUCUGGUGUCCGCAGCAUGUGUCUCACAGCUUUUGACAAAAUGCUCUUUAUCGUUUACUAGCUUAUGGAUCUCGACCCGGGGUUGGGUUAGAUAUGUCGUGGUGUUGGGAUGUUGACUUAAUCACCCCUGUCAAUCAAACUGCUUCUUUAAUCCUAUUGGCUGUCAGACCUUCCUGUUAGAACGCGGCAUUGUAACAGUUUACCAAAGUUUACACAAAUUUAACACUAAAUGCUCAUCAAGUCGCUGAAGUCGGUGAAUCGAGACAACCGUUCUUAUAAGGCAUUAUGAAUGUGAUGAUAUCUCAAAAAAUAUGUGAUUGGACGUAUCUGUAGCAUGACUGCAAACAUUUUUGGAAACGUUGACAUUAGCAUAACUGUUCUUCAGCAGUGUUUCAUGUUAUCUAUUCCAACCCAUCCAGUAUACUGAUUUAACAUAUAAUAAAUGUGAUACGACAUGUAGAUAGAAAAAUAUUUAUUUUUUAACUGGUGAAUAGAAAAUGGACAGAACCAGAAGUAGUGAUGGAAAAGAAAAGGUUCACGAUAAAGCAAAAAUAUAUAGAUACAUAAAUAUAUAUA